AUGACUUUGUUCCCCACCAAGUUUGAAAAUGGGAAGAUUGAGUACAAGAUAAGGUACAAGGGGAGAUCAAGGCCAUUCUCUAGAGCCAAAGCCUUGGUGACUUCAGAACAGUCCAGGGACCCAACCAAGCUAAAGGAGCUUCUGUCUCAAGUCCUCACUAUCACCCUUGAUGGUACUUUAGUGAAGAAACAGAGUAACAAGAUGACAAACAGUGAGGGAAGCCGCGCUUCACAGGGAGAAUGGUUGAGGGUGAAUCAAGCAAUGCAAGAGAGAAAGGCUUAA